UUUCACGGACUGUCUUGUCUUGUCUUGUCUAGGCGCCUGGUGCUGCGGGCGCGGCGGCACCUGCAUGAUGCAAGUUGUAAAGAACCAACUAUGACAAAGAGCCAUGUUCGGGAUCGUCCUAGUCCUAUCAGGCUUAGGCUGGCUUUCCGCCACUGCAUCACCUCAAGUCUGUUAUCAUCUUGCCAGCAAUAGCAAAUGGCUGCAGGUCAUUGUCCACUUCAUCGGAAGACUGCCAGUAUUGCACAAACCUCCGGUCUUGGGCGGAUUUCCUGAAUCUCGCCAAUUAUCAUAUACUCGACCGCCCGUCUUAACUUCGAUACCGAAUUUCACCGCCAGGACUCCGGAGGCUCCAUCGAUAAUUCAUUGCCCCAUCAAUUUUCGGAAGAGUCGACCAAUCCAACAUAUCGCAAUACUACUUGCACCCAGCCUCCAGUAUUGACACUAAAUCUAGGGUGUUGUCGGGACAAAUCGUCCUUGGAAACAAGGAUUGCAGCAUCGCCUGGCAGGCCCAACCGAAUCACCCUGCUUUUGAGCCUCAUUGGGCGUUGGCCGGCUCGUCUUCAAGCUUAAGAUUCCUUCUCACUUCCGAUUUCAAAGAGACAUCUUCCUCGG